GAGAUAAAACUGUCCACUGGAUAUCGUGGUAGUUUAGUACCGAGUAUACAUCGUGAUCUCGUACGUACCGGUGUAAAACACGAACUCCUAGGAUACUUCGUUUUAAACCGCAGUACGUUUGUGUAGAGAUGACUUUUGGUAUCGCUUUUCCUCUCCCGAUACUGAUCCUGAAAGCUUGAGCGUCAGCAGAUUAUCGAUACCCGUUCCGGAUUUUUCUUCAUCACUACUGAGCUCUAAAAUGAUUAUUUAAAAAAGAAACCUUAAAUACUUCCGCUUCUGUCCCUCUCCACGGCUCGAUCACAGAUUUAACGUUUCCUGUGGGUUUUUUUCUUUCUCUUCUCCCCCUUUUUCAGACAUUUUAUUUGAUCACUUUCUGCGCUUCUAGUUACUAAAUUUCAGCUCUGCACUAGUUUGUACAGAAAAAACAGCGCGUCGUCAUGUCUAGAAUAGCGGUUUUAAAUCCUCUUGUUUGUUUGUUUGCAGAUGAUGAUGACGUCUUCCUGUGUGGGAAGUGUAAGAAGCAGUUCAACUCCUUGCCGGCGUUCUUGACUCACAAAAGGGAGCAGUGCCAGCAGAACACGCCCUCGCUCGCCACCGUGUCACUGGCGUCCAGCAACACUUACACGCCUGUACCCUCGGUCAGCGCCGUGCCACAACCUCCGGCCAACAGACAGGUGUCGACGUACAUCACGGUGCCGCCGGCUCCUCUCACACACACCUUGGUGCAGGGGAACGUUCUGGUGAGCGACGAGGUUCUCAUGUCGGCCAUCUCGGCGUUCACGUCCAUGGACACCCCAGUCACGGCCAUGCAGGCUUCCUCUCAGAGUAAUUUGAGCCUGCCCAGUGCAGCAUCAUACCUGCAGCACCAACCACAGGCCUCUCAGCCCCUCCCACUGGCCCAGGCUCCACCCCUUUCUGCACAGGUUCCCACCAGUAUCAACAGCCCAAUAGUGCAGGUGUACAGCACACUGCCCCCGAUGGCUGGAGGAGGAAACGCAGAGGUCCACACACUCGGCCUCCAACAGUUCCAGUCUGUUCAGGGUGGUGGUGGUCAGUGUGCGGACAGUCAGACUGCAGCCUUCAGCAGCGCUCCCGUUUACAGUUCGGCUAAACCGGCACAGAAGCUGAAGAGCUGCAGCAGCACCGUGACUCUGAGCGAGCUGAGCGAAUACGACAAGGUCAUCAUCCCCAAAAAGACCCGCAACUCCAAGAAAGGCCAGGAAGCAGGUCAAACAAAAGCCAAAGGUCAGAAGCUUAAGUGCAGUUUCUGUGACGAGGUUACUCAGGAUAAAGAGAACACAUCCAGCGAGCAAGAGCACGGUCCGAGUAAAAGUCGAGCGUGAGAGAUCGGGGGGAAUGCGCCAGGGCUUCCACGUGGAGUCGGUGCAAUCGACGAUUUCAAAACACCGGUACGGAUCGUCCUUUAUUUUCUAUGACAUUUUGCUUAUGUGCCGUUUUAUUGUGGAGAUAACAGAGCGAUCUUCUGGUGCGACGACUCAGGCGCUCGUCUAACGCACACGUGCUCUACGUGUCCGAUUGCGGCGCUCCGAGAUAAAACUGUCCACUGGAUAUCGUGGCAGUUUAGUACCGAGUAUACAUCGUGAUCUCGUACGUACCGGUGUAAAACACGAACUCCUAGGAUACUUCGUUUUAAACCGCAGUACGUUUGUGUAGAGAUGACUUUUGGUAUCGCUUUUCCUCUCCCGAUACUGAUCCUGAAAGCUUGCGCGUCAGCAGAUUAUCGAUACCCGUUCCGGAUUUUUCUUCAUCACUACUGAGCUCUAAAAUGAUUAUUUAAAAAAGAAACCUUAAAUACAUGGCUAAAAACACAACUUGCACACAAUUGCAGCUUUUUUUUUUUUUUACCUCCCCAGCUGAAAUGUUUUACACAGAAAUCACUUGUAUAGCGAAUAAAAUAUAGAAUAAAAAGACUAUUUACAAUCCUAAAAAAAUAAAAAGGUGUUGGUGCCCAGUUUGCUUGCGUUACUUUCUCUACUUACUUUUGCAUUAAUUUUUUACUUGCAUUACUUGCUUGAAUGUUACUUUGUUUACUUGCAUGCAAUACUUCUUUACUUGCAUUAUUGUAAGUUUACUUGUCAGCUUACUUGUUACCUACUUACUACUUGCAAUACUUUUACUGUUACUUUAUUUACUUGUUACCUAUUCUAACUACAAGCAUUACUUACUUUACUUAUUUUGCUUACAUACGUUACUUUCUGUACUUGUUACUUUAAGUGUACUUGCAUCAGUUUGUGUUGCUUCUUUAUUUGCGUUACUUUAAGUUCACUUGCGUCAAUUUAUUUGCAUUCCUUUCUUGUUAUUUACUAUUACUAUUACUUUAUUUACUUGCUACCUAUUCUACCUACUAGCGUUACUUACUUACAUACGCUACUUACUUUCCUUGUUACUUAAAAUAAAGAUUACUCUCAUUACUUUCCUUACUUACUUGUUACAUUCUUGAAUUACAUACAUAAAUUCAUGCGUUACUUUCUGUACUUACUUAUUACCAAUUGUACCUUCUAGCACUUACUUUACUUGUUGUUUUUUCUUUACAUGAUGCUUUACUUUCUUUAUUUGUUCCCUGUUACUUUAUUUGCAUUACUUUCUUUUCUUGUUCCAUAUGUUACUUGUUCCCUGUGUUAUUUACUCGCAUUACUUUCUUUACUUGUUCCCUAUGUUACUUUACUUAUUCCCUAUGUUACUUUACUUGCAUUACGUACUCCUUUUGUUACAUUAUUAACUUGCCUUACUUGUUACCUACUUUAUAUUUUCAGUCAUUAUAAAAACUCUAAUUUGUAUCCUGUUUUCCUCUAUUACAUCGGUUCCCCUCUUUUCCCUGUUAACACACCCCAGGCACUUAAUCAAGGCUGCAUGUACACCAAAAACCAAAGACUUUUUUUAUUAUUUGUUUUUAUUUAUUUAUUUAUACACAAUUUACUGUACAUAUAAAUCGACCAAUGAGGGUGCAGAAACUUUAGAGGAGCAUUGUAAAAGGAUUUGUUUCAUAGAGAAUUAUUCACACCAUGUACAAUAUUUUAGUUGAUGUAUAGUUUACAGAGUUUAGUUUCAGUAGCCGGUAUUUAACGACGAUAGAAAAGAAACCAUAACCGAGGGUCGCGUUAACGUUGGUGUCAACGUGAGGUUUACAUACAGCGGGAAACCGAAGACUCUUGCUUCUUAUUUAUGAUCACAAAAGUAUUCGAUUCAGUAAGGGAUUGAGAGCUGUGCUUAAUCCUGCAAAAAUGAAAAAGAACCAGAACUGAUGAAAGGAAUAAAACACCCCACAGUUGUAGUGUUUAACCAGGCUACAUCUUUCUUACGUUUUUGUUCCAUGUACAGAGAGAGCAUGCGUAGAUGUGUGAUCGUUGAAGAAAUCAGGUGCUGAUCUAGAUCAGGUUUAAUCUAAAGAUCAAUAUCUUUGUACUUGUACGAUCCGAAUCCAACGUAUAUCUCGGGGAAUAUGACGCGCUGAAUCACUCCCGUGGUAAAGACAAAUAUUUCAAAUGCACUAAAAUGAUAUUCUGGGUACGAACCAGUCAUGUGCCGAUUAUUUACCGGUUUUUAUCACAGUUUGUAUUGUUGGUACGGUGUUGUCCUUUUUAGUCAUUUAAUUAACUACUGCUUUGAAAUAUUUACUUAUCCCUGUUCUUACUACCUUCUGUACUAUUACUGUACUCCUUAUCCACAAUAACAAUAUUGUACAAAUUAAAUACGAUCUAUAAACGGCUAUCGGCACAUAUCCACUGGCGCGCCAGAAAAUGAAACUAAAAGACAUUUAGAAAUAAACUCCCUAUAAAACAGAGGGCAUUAAGAGUGUAGAUGAGCAGCACCUGCUUUCCACCUGUGAGAAAUUAAGUAUUUUAUUGCUGAAAGUGAACUGUGUGUGAGAGAUGUAAGUUUCACUAGUGAUGUUUCAAAAUGUAUUGCUCACUGGUGCUUUCACUGUAAUAAAAGAUUAUAACUUUUUUCUUUAAACGCCAAGUCACAUUAAGGUUUCACUUUAGCACGCAGUGUAGCAAUACAGCUCUGUCCUUAUGCAGCGCUACUUAUAAACCUUUCAUUACAAUUAACACAGCUGUCAAAUGUAUUAAUGUUAAGGUCUGGAUUGAAACAUUUAAACUAGAUUAAAAAGAACUGUAGGACUAAAGAGAG